AAAAAGUAAAAGGAUGCUAUGUGAUCAUUUACAAUGUGCACACCACUUGUAUGAUGAAUUGUCUCUGUGGAGAAUUUUUUUUGUUGGAGAUGGGUGGGUCCUAUCCACGAAUGUUUACUCUAUGAUGCAUACAGUAGCAUCAUUGGACUCUUGCACUAAAGCAAAGUAGUUUUCUUUAUGCUCUUUACUCUCGAGCGUUUCCGGAUAUGGAUUGAGUCGGCAUCGCCGGAGAGAUGGGAGGUUGUUUCUCUGUUUCAUUGCCAUGUGAUCAAGUAGUGAGUCAGUUCUCUCAGUUAUUUGUGUCAGGGGGAGUUAUAUUCACAAUCUCUCCGAGAAUCUGGCUUCUCUGGAGAAGGCCAUGGGAGUGCUCAAGGGUCGGCAAUAUGAUGUGAUAAGAAGGCUGGAAAGAGAAGAGUUUACAGGGCGUCAACAAAGGCUUUCCCAAGUUCAGGUAUAGCUUACUAGUGUCCUACUCAUUCAAAACCAGUUUGAUGAUCUGCUUCGUAGUAAAGAGGUUGAGCUUCAAAGGUUAUGUCUCUGUGGUUUCUGCUCCAAAGAUUUGAAAUUGAGCUAUCGAUAUGGGAAAAGGGUUAACAUGAUGUUGAGGGAAGUUGAGAGUCUCCGUUCUCAAGGAUUUUUUGACGUGGUGUCUGAGGCAACUCCGUUUGCUGAGGUGGAUGAGAUCCCUUUUCAACCCACAAUUGUUGGUCAAGAAAUAAUGCUUGAAAAAGCAUGGAACCGUCUCAUGGAAGAUGGAUCCGGGAUUUUGGGUCUGUACGGUAUGGGGGGAGUAGGCAAAACCACACUACUCACCAAGAUCAACAAUAACUUUUCUAAAAUAGGUGACAGAUUUGAUGUUGUGAUCUGGGUUGUUGUGUCUAGAAGUUCAACAGUCCGUAAGAUUCAAAGAGACAUAGCAGAAAAGGUUGGCCUUGGGGGAAUGGAGUGGGGCGAGAGAAACGAUAACCAGACAGCCGUUGACAUCCACAAUGUCCUUAGGAGACGAAAAUUUGUUUUAUUGUUGGAUGACAUAUGGGAGAAAGUUAAUUUAAAAGCGGUUGGAGUCCCGUAUCCUAGCAAAGAUAACGGAUGCAAGGUAGCAUUUACUACUCGUUCUCGAGAUGUGUGUGGGCGCAUGGGGGUUGAUGAUCCGAUGGAAGUUAGCUGUCUACAACCCGAAGAAUCAUGGGAUUUGUUCCAAAUGAUAGUUGGGAAAAAUACACUGGGAAGUCACCCGGACAUUCCCGGACUUGCUAGAAAAGUCGCUAGGAAAUGCCGUGGCCUACCAUUAGCACUCAAUGUUAUCGGUGAAGCUAUGGCAUGCAAAAGAACAGUACAUGAAUGGUCUCAUGCCAUUGACGUUUUGACAUCAUCUGCCACAGAUUUUUCAGGUAUGGAAGAUGAAAUUCUCCAUGUUUUGAAGUAUAGCUAUGAUAAUUUAAAUGGGGAGCUGAUGAAAUCCUGCUUCCUGUAUUGCUCUCUGUUUCCUGAAGAUUAUCUUAUUGAUAAAGAGGGGUUGGUAGACUACUGGAUAUGUGAGGGAUUUAUAAAUGAAAAAGAAGGCAGAGAGAGGACACUAAACCAAGGUUAUGAGAUAAUUGGUACCCUUGUCCGUGCAUGUUUGUUGAUGGAGGAAAAAAGGAACAAAUCAAAUGUAAAAAUGCAUGAUGUGGUUCGUGAGAUGGCUCUAUGGAUAUCAUCCGAUCUUGGGAAGCAAAAGGAGAAAUGUAUUGUGCGAGCCGGUGUUGGGUUAUGUGAAGUACCAAAAGUCAAGGAUUGGAACACUGUGAGAAAGUUGUCUUUGAUGAAUAAUGAGAUUGAAGAGAUAUUUGACAGUCACGAGUGUGCUGCACUUACAACUCUAUUUCUCCAAAAGAACGAUAUGGUAAAGAUCUCGGCUGAAUUCUUUCGAUGUAUGCCUCAUCUGGUGGUUUUAGAUCUAUCAGAGAACCACAGUCUUGAUGAAUUACCAGAAGAAAUAUCAGAGUUGGUCUCUUUGAGAUAUUUCAACUUGUCAUAUACUUGUAUACAUCAACUACCCGUUGGUUUAUGGACAUUGAAAAAGCUAAUACAUCUGAAUCUCGAACACAUGAGCAGUCUUGGGAGUAUAUUAGGGAUAUCAAAUUUGUGGAAUUUGAGGACAUUGGGACUACGAGAUUCCAAACUGUUGCUAGAUAUGAGUUUAGUGAAGGAGCUGCAGCUCUUAGAACAUCUAGAAGUUGUGACCCUAGAUAUAUCAUCAAGUUUGGUUGCAGAGCCAUUGCUAUGCUCUCACAGGUUGGUGGAAUGUAUAAAAGAGGUAGAUAUUAAGUACCUUAAGGAAGAAUCAGUGAGAGUAUUGACUCUGCCAACCAUGGGUAAUCUCCGUAGGCUCGGGAUAAAAAUGUGUGGAAUGAGGGAGAUAAAGAUAGAGAGUACAACUUCAUCAUCGUCGCGAAACAAAAGUCCCACAACUCCAUGCUUCUCAAACCUCUCCAGAGUCUUUAUAGCUAAAUGCCAUGGUCUUAAGGAUUUGACGUGGCUGCUGUUUGCUCCGAAUCUUACUUUUCUUGAAGUUGGGUUCUCAAAGGAAGUAGAGGAUAUAAUUAGCGAAGAGAAAGCUGAGGAGCAUUCUUCAGCUACGAUUGUUCCUUUUAGGAAACUAGAAACGCUACACCUGUUUGAAUUACACAAUGAACUUCAUUUUCUUCUACAAACUUUUCCUCCUGUCGUCUUAUUUGCAUAAACGUUCUCAUCGUUCUUUUGGUUAGUGUUCAUUGGAUUUGUAUUUAGCUCUCUAUUUUGUUUAUAUGCCGGACAAUUUAAACACUUCUCUUAACAAUGAGUGUUAGUUUCGGCUU